GUCUCAUGUGAGGUGGCUGCCCUACAGCGAAAUGUGGAUGUUAACAAUCUGUGCCGCAAUUCGGGGUCAUGUAGGGACACUGGGAAUACUCAUUACUGUUUGUGCCAGCCUGGUUAUACAGGAAGUUACUGUGAGGAGCAGGUGGACGAAUGCUCUCCCAAUCCAUGCCAGAAUGGAGCUACAUGUACGGACUACCUAGGAGGCUACUCUUGCGAGUGUGUAGCUGGAUAUCAUGGCGUUAACUGCUCAGAAGAGAUCAAUGAAUGCCACUCUCACCCUUGCCAGAAUGGAGGAACUUGUAUUGAUCUUAUCAACACUUACAAGUGCUCCUGUCCCAGAGGAACACAGAGUGUUCAUUGUGAAAUUAACAUAGAUGACUGCAAUCCAUUUUAUGAAGGACCAAACCAUGAGCCUAAAUGUUUCAAUGGGGGCAAAUGCGUUGACCGGGUAGGUGGCUACCACUGUAACUGCCUGCCAGGUUUUGUUGGAGAACGCUGUGAAGGAGAUGUAAAUGAGUGUCUGUCUAACCCUUGUGAUGUCCGUGGAACGCAGAACUGCGUGCAGCUCAUUAAUGAUUACCGAUGUGAAUGCAGGCAGGGGUUCACAGGGAGACGCUGUGAGUCACUGCUUGAUGGUUGCAAAGCGAAACCUUGUAGAAACGGAGGAACCUGUUCUAUCGCCAGUAAUACGGAACGUGGUUUUAUCUGCAAGUGUCCAUCAGGAUUUGAUGGCGCUACUUGUGAAUAUGAUACUCGCAUGUGCGGAAACCUGCAGUGUCUGAAUGGUGGCACCUGUAUAUCUACUAUAAAGAGCCCCAAAUGUUUGUGUGCUGAUGGAUUCACUGGUCUGGGGUGCCAACAUGCAGUCAGCAGUUCUUGUAAUCCAAACUCUUGCUAUAACGGUGGCACAUGCAAGUCCCUUCCCCAGGAGCCGUUUUAUCAGUGUAUCUGUCCCAGGCAUUUUAACGGUCUCUUUUGCCACAUCCUGAACUACGAAUUUGAAGGCGGUCCAGGCCAGGACAUUAUUCCACCCAAAAUCAAUGAGAAGUGCGAGAGCGACUGGUGUGCUGCACAAGCUGGGAACAAGAUCUGCAAUGCUCAGUGCAACAGUAAUGCCUGUGGAUGGGACGGAGGAGACUGCUCACUUGAAUUCAAUGACCCAUGGAAGAACUGCUCGCAGGCACUGCAGUGCUGGAAGUACUUCAACGAUGACAAAUGCGACUCACAGUGCAACAAUGCAGGCUGCCUCUAUGAUGGCUUUGAUUGCCAGAAAAUUGAAGUCCAGUGCAAUCCUCUUUAUGACCAGUACUGCAAAGACCAUUUCCAGGACGGGCACUGUGAUCAAGGCUGCAACAAUGCUGAGUGUGAAUGGGAUGGUUUGGAUUGCGCCAACAACAUGCCUGAAAAACUUGCAGAUGGCACCUUGGUGGUGGUGGUCCUGAUGUCUCCAGAGGAGCUGAAAAACAAUUCCUUUAAUUUCCUCAGAGAGCUGAGUCGGAUUCUGCACACCAAUGUUGUCUUUAAGAAGAAUGAAAACAGCGACUAUAUGAUCUUCCCAUACUAUGGAAACAAGGAGGAGCUUAAGAAACAUCAUAUUAAACGAUCUGUGCCAGAGUGGUCUGAGGCCCCCAGUGCCAUAUUCAGCAGUUUGAAGGAUUCAUUGAUCCCUGGACGGUAUCGGAGGGAAUUGGACCAGCUAGAAGUAAAAGGGUCAAUUGUAUACUUGGAAAUAGAUAAUCGGCAAUGUUUUCAGGCUUCAUCUCAGUGC